GAAGUGUGAUGAAUCAAACUGCACGUGCACUGCAGAGAUCAUAAAAUUUAUGUUGUAUCCUGACAGUCAUGGAAUUUGUUUUAUUUUUGGUUUUUAUCAGUUUUUAUUUUUUGGUUGUUUUUUUUGUAAAUAUAUUGUAUGAGUGAUGCCACAAAUACUUAGAUGGAUCAAUUAUAACAUUUCCGCUUGAAUCUGCUUGUGUUGGAGUUAAAGAGGGGGGAAAACUUUUAAAAAUAAAAAAAAACCUAAUACAUAAAUUUUUCAUCGGGUAAGUACUAAACAACGCCUAACUCUAUCGGUGUUAUACUGUAUCUAAUGUUUUGAAAUGUAUAUUUCGCUUCAUCUUAUGAAAAGUCAUGAGAAUUAUUCCUAUUUUAAGGGAAAACCCCGUCCUUGGCUUCAUCUUCCGGGUUGAUUAGUAAUGUGUACAGGAAGUACUCAGAUUUUUUUCAGUGUCACUUACACAUUUUGAAAACUAUUGACAAGAACACACCGACGACCUCAAAUUACUCUUUAUUUGUUUCAGUGGGUGAGGCUUUGGAGAAACUUUUUUUUAUAGAAGCAAUGGAGAUGGAAAAUUUGAACGAAACCAGUGAUGAACGAUUCCAUUCAUUGGAGGAAUUGAAUAGCUCUAUCGCCGCAAAAUAUCAAGCUAAUACAGUGCUUGUAUCGAUAUUGAUGAGCAUCGGGGUUCUUGGAAAUUCUAUCGUGAUUCUGACAUAUCAUUUUCGAAUGAAAAACAGAAGAGACGAUAGGUACUUCAUUCCUUGCCUUGCUGUAAUGAAUUUGUUGGCCUGCAUCUCUGCUUCGGUAAUGUUCUUAGCGUUGAACUCCCUUCCCGUCAUGUUUACGUCAACCUCCGUUUGUAAGGGCCUCAAUUUCUUCACGCGCGCGACGUGUGUCGAGUCAUUGACCAUGCUGUUGAUAAUAUCGAUGCAGCGAUACAAGAAGAUUUGUACGAAGGGAAGAAAUAGAUUCUCUUUGUUAUGGAAGCGUUUAGCAAUUGUUUUCUCGAUAAUUUUCUGUGCGAUUAUCUCAUUUCCAACACUGGUGUUUUAUGGUGUAAAAGUCGUAAAGAGAAGUUCACAUAACAACAUCACAGAGUUUCAUUGUGAGAUGGUGGCAACAAAUUCACAUGAACAAUAUGGCAUGUAUACAUAUUUAGCAUUCGUUGCUAUAUUUUUCCUCGGAGUCGUUUUGAGCAUCACAGUGAUCUACAUCUUGAUUGGUAAAAGAAUCCACAAGAACAUACAGCCUCCUCAAACAAAGAGCAUGAUCGCCACCUCGUACGACAGCCUGCACUACAACUCUCUGUUGAAACAUUCCAAGUCCGAUAGCCAACUCCCAGGAAAGCUCCAUGCGGUGACGGACGGAUCUGCUGAUAAUAUUCUACAGAGGUUUUAUGAAACAAAUGGAGUUAAUGUCAAAAGAAGCCAAUCAGAAACCGGAAAACGAAAAUAUAACGUGUCAGAGGUCAAAAAAGCACGUUCGGGAUUGGGAAUAUUUGUGUUCCGAUAUUAUUACAUGUUUGUGUCUAUAUCUCUUGUAACUUUCAUAUCCUUCAUUCCACCAAUCAUAAUCAUGAUAAUUGAAUCGAUUGACGCUUACGUCAUCGGUGAUAUCACGUCAGACUUUGGAUUUCAUGUUGUCCUGUUGCUCCGCCGUAGCUACAUUUUGAGCUACAGUAUAAAUCCGUUUAUGUUUGGUUUGUUUGAUACGACUUUCCGGAAAGCAUUGAUAGAUGUUUUUCAUCAACUUCGUCUUCCAUUGUGCGCACGCAACUAAAUAUUUGACUGACCAUGUGCUAUUGUCCACACUGACUAACACGUGCGCGUUGAUAGUACAGUCUAUAGAUUCAUGUGGCCGUUUAUGUAAAAUACAGAAAUAGUAACAUACUAAAGAUGCAAUAUAGUAAAUCAGAGUCAACAGUUUGAGAUGAUGCUAUCAAACGUCUUUGUAUUGUAGUGGUUCAUGACGUCAGUGGGUGUAUUUGAAAUUUUAUGACUUCACGUAAAAAUUAUAAUUGUGGAAGGAUUUAAUUGAAAUACGUUAUCUAUGAUCAUUUUAUACUGCAUGUACAUUAAUGAAUUUGAAAUAUUUGUUAAUUAAAUUCAUAUUGACUUGAAGCAUUUUUUAAAACUUCAAGUAUACUGUAUCAGAAAUUCUUUUAGCCUAUACGCUCACAGUGUAUAAAUAUUUUUAUCAUUGGUCACAACAGAUUUCACCAACAGAGAAACAUAGAGAUUCAAUACUAGUACUUCAAAAAAUGUAACAUUUUCAAUAACUUGAUCACUCUUUGUGCGAACUUGUGUUUUUCCUUCUUGCAUACUGUGGAAUCGUCAUUGUUCGUGGGGUUUGAUGUUCGUGGAAUUCGUGGGUUACUCUUACCCACGAAUUUACGUGUCCUCGAACAUUAUUUUAAACCAAGUAGAGUUAUCUCUCCUAGUGACAAUGUAUCGCUUACCCAUGAAAUUACGUCCCCACCAACCAGCAAAAUUUUGCUUACCCACGAACAUUAGCCCCCACGAAUUAAAAUUAUUCUACAGUAUAUCUACAUGUAAGUUAUGAGUGUAACUCUUAGUUACUACGGUGUAUAGUAAAUGUUCAUGGUACGAAGUUCAUCAAUUUGUUCAUGGCACGAUGUGCAUCAAUUUUCUCAUGGUACGAUGUACAUUAAUUUGUUCAUGGUACGAUGUGCAUUAAUUUGUUCAUGGUACGAUAUAUUAAUUUGUUCAUGGUACGAUGUACAUUAAUUUUUUCAUGGUACGAUGUACAUUAAUUUGUUCAUGGUACGAUGUGCAUUAUUUGUUCGUGAUGCGAUGUACAUUAAUCUGUUCAUGGUACGAUGUGCAUUAAUUUGUUCAUGGUACGAUAUAUUAAUUUGUUCAUGGUACGAUGUGCAUUAUUUGUUCGUGAUGCGAUGUACAUUAAUCUGUUCAUGGUACGAUGUGCAUUAUUUGUUCGUGAUGCGAUGUACAUUAAUUUGUUCAUGGUACGAUGUGCAUUAAUUUGUUCAUGGUACGAUGUGCAUCAAUUUUUUCAUGGUACGAUGUGCAUUAAUUUGUUCAUGGUACGAUGUGCAUUAAUUUGUUCAUGGUACGAUGUGCAUCAAUUUUUUCAUGGUACGAUGUACAUUAAUUUGUUCAUGGUACGAUGUACAUCAAUUUGUUCAUGAUACGAUGUAUAUUAAUUUGUUCAUGGUACGAUGUACAUUAUUUGUUCGUGAUGCGAUGUAUUAAUGUAUACAAACAAAUUAGUAAAAUAUUAAUUUUGUAAUAUAAAGCAUCUUAAUUUUG